CGCGCUCAAGGAGGCCACCCCCGCUGGCUGCUGCUCACAUGGUUUCUGGGCCCCUGGCACUCCGGAGGCUUCUCAGUCCGCAGUGCCGUCGGCAGCGAGCGGGAACAAGCCAGCCUCGCCUUCUGCUUCAGGUGCGAGCACCCACCGGCCUGAGCGGUCCGAUGGCUGCCCGUGAGCAGCGGUUCCGAACCGCCCCGCGCUCCAUCCAUUGUGACGCGGGUCCGGCGGCGGCGGCGGGCAGAGCCGGGGCAUGGCCGAGGCGCAGGAGCUACUGCUGCAGCUGCUGAAGGACAACCGUGACGGGCGCCUGCGGAAGCAGGAGCUGGAGGAGCUGGUGCGCGGGCUGGAGGCCGAGAGCGAGAGCCUCACAGCGCGCCUGGACGACCUGAGCGAGCGCGAGCGCAGCCUGCAGCGGCAGCGGAGCCAGGCGGCGCGGGCCCUGCGCGGGGAGGCGAGAGAGGCGGCGCGGGAGCGCGCAGGCCGGGCGCGCCGGCGGCUGGAGGCUGCGGAGCAGCACAAGCUGGACCUGGAGCAACAAAACCAUCAGCUGCAGGAGCAGUGGGAGGAGCUGUCAAGCCAGCUCUUUUACUAUGGAGAACAACUGAGUCCGCAGCGCGCAGAGCGGCAACUCGGGACCCAACUGGUGGCUUUGCAGAAACAACUGGAGCUGGUGGAGGCCAAGCACGCCAGGCAGGCGGAGGCCCUGCGGCAGAGCGCACAGCGGAUGGAAGAGGCCUGGGCCAGCUUCCAGGAGCAGAGCGGAGUCUUGCAGGUGCCGCCACUCCACUCGGAGAGCCGCUCACCUCCGACCCCACUGCGGCCUCCUCCCCCGGAGCUGCCGGGGCCUGCCUCACCAAGGUGCGAGUCGCAGCCUGGCCGGGGGCAGGGAUGCGCGAGCUCGCUCAUGGAGGAAGUGGCCAAAGCGGACUGUUGCCACGCCCCCCACGGAGCGACGCGCACCCACGGGCUCGCUCCCCCAGGGGUUUUCCCCCACAGCUCCCCGGCGCGGAGCUGUACGUCGCUCCCUCUUCCCCGCAGAAGCGGCUGUUCGGCGGCGCGGGCGCGGCGGGCAUCAGGUGAGCCGGCGGCGGGCGCGGCGCUGGAGUCUGGGGUCCGGGGUGCGCCCGGCGCCCCGCCACCACCCGUCUGCCGGUGCGUCGUGGUCCGCAGGCUGUGGGCGCUGGGCGCGCUGCAGACGCUGCUGCUGCUCCUGCUGGGCGUCGUGGCGCUGCCGCUGCUCUACCUGGCGCUGGUGAACCCCUCGGCCCUCCGCCGCGGGCUCAUGCGCCCCGGCUCGGACGCCGCCAUCCGUCGCCUGCGCUACACGCUGGCCCCGCUGCUGGAGCUGCGCGCGCGCGGACUGCUGCCCGCCUAGUGCAUCACGCCGGCUGCGGCCGCCAGCACCCGUGUCUCCCGCGUGGUUUCUGGGCGUCAGGC